GGGAGACUGCAGUCCAGGUUGGGGCCUCCGGGGGCAGUGGGGAAAGGACGCCUUCUGAGCCUGCUAGUAUUUUCUCAUUGGAACCACUGACCCACUCCACUCCCAGCCUUUCCCGGUCAUCGCUGUAUAUUCGCCUCUCCGGGCAGGCAGUCUCCUGGUUGUUGGGGGGAACAAAGCUUAGGCCUACUUUCCUAGCUGCCAGCCUGGCCUCAGUGACUUCCAGAAGAACAGUAUAGGAUGUAAGCUCUGGCCUGGGGCCUGAGGAACAAAUCUGGGAAGAUAGCCCCUUAAUUCCCAUUUGGCCCCUUGCUGGCUUGAGGUGUGAAAACCAGGGUGUGGAGGCGGCCAUCAGAGGCUUCAUAUGAAAAUGAAGGUCUUGCUACAAAAUGGCUGCCACUGCCUUGGUAAAAAAUACCGGGGCAGCCAGAGUCUUCCUGAAAAUUCUACUUCAGGACUUCACUUUCUGUUAUUUAAAGCAGGUGUCACUAGUUAAAGGCAUCUGCUGAAAGAUUUGGAACUUCAGAAGAAGGUGGCUACUCCGAAGCAGACUAACUGUAAUACAGAGUCACCAGCAGCCCUGGAGGCGGCCAAGACUUCUGGCACCCCUGGGAGCCCCACAACCCGCCCUGAGCCUCAUGACCCUGGUGGUUCCCUGCCCCUGACACCCCAGAUGGAAAGCCGCUUGGAGGAGGAAGAUCCUCCUGGGACUGGCGGUGGCCUGGGCUGGAAAACUAGGGGUCCCUGGACCCGGAGCCCAGGGAGCUGCUCGGGAGAGGCUGUGCUGGGCCGGAAGAGGCACCGACGGCGGCCGUCAAAGCGCAGGCGGCACUGGCGGCCCUAUCUGGAGCUGAGCUGGGCUGAGAAGCGACAGCAGGAUGAGAGGCAGGGCCAGAGAGCCUCCCGAGUCCGUGAGGAGAUGUUCGCCAAAGGCCAGCCCGUGGCCCCCUACAAUACCACCCAGUUCCUGAUGAAUGACCGAGACCCUGUGGAGCCCAACUUGGAUGUGCCCCAUGGGGCCUCCCACCCAGGCUCCAGCGGGGACAGUGAGGCAGGGGACAGCGACGGGGGCCAAGUUCAUGGUGAGUUCCAGCAGAGGGAUUUCUCGGAGGCUUACGAGCGCUACCACACCGAGCGCCUCCAGGGCCUCAGCAAGCAGGAGCUGGUGCAAGACUACCUGGAUCUGGAGAGGCGGCUGUCACAGGCCGAGGAGGAGACAAGGAGACUGCAGCAGCUGCAAGGGUGCAUCAGCCGGCAGCCCUGUCGCCAGGUGGAGGAGCUGGCUGCUGAGGUAGAGAGGCUCCGCACGGAGAACCAGCGGCUUCGGCAGGAGAACGAGAUGUGGAACCGAGAGGGCAGCCGCCACAAUGGAGAGCCGGGCACCUAGGGGUACCCCCCAGCCAGGUUGACCCAGGGAGAAGGUCCUGUUUCAUACACACUCAGGCCAGCUGGGUCUCAAGGAGGCAGGAGGCAGAUGAAAACCACUCUCAGCACCCUUGUGCCCCCUGAGAACAGCUAAAAUAGGGUCAGACUUCCACCUUGUCGUUUCCACAAUUUAUUCUUUUUUAAAAAAAUAUUUUAUUUUUUCUUUUUCUCCCCAAAGCCCCCCAGUACGUAGUUGUAUAUAUUUUAGUUGUGGGUCCUUCUAGUUGUGGUACGUGGGACACUAC